AUGGCUUUCCCUACUACUCUUCAGCAUCAAGACGCCAUCUCAUCUUUCGCCAACUCUCCAGAUGUCCCGAAGGAUACAGAGGCCUCACAGGUAGGAAUCGUCUGGGCAGACUACCAGCUUGCAGAACAGCAGCAGCGACAGGGAAGCGAGCCCUCCUUCUCUGAUAGCCCUUCGAGCACUGAGGGCUCACAGUCAGAGGGAGGCGGUAGUGAAUCGGAUACGGAUGACGAAGGCAGUGUACGACGACGCCCACUAUCCGGUGUCUCCGAAUAUGCUACCUUCAUUCCGCAGAGUCUGUCACUGCCACAGGGCUUAGGUAUUCACGAUGACGAUGGCGGCGAUCUGAGCGAACCAGAUGACCCUCCUUCUGUCUCGACGUCAAGGAGGGGCUCGGUCACGGGUCGCAACGGCCCAUCGAAUCGCAUAGCUUCGACUACCUUUAUGCGAGAGUCUUCCUCGGCACCAUCUUUGGGCGAAGGCGCGUCUUCCAGCCGUCAACACAUCCCUCGCUCGGCUCCUGCUUUCUCGCGACAACAUGCUGCCAUGGCUGCCGCAAUCCAGGAAUGGCAUGUCAGACAAGCCUCUGCCACUACUGGCUUCGACAGCGAUGACACUGAAGAGUCUGAGCCCGAGUCGAUCAAGGACAAUGAGAUGGUCAAGCCUUCUCGACGAGGCAGCAAAGUGGGCCAUACUGCCAUCAACAUCGAGCUGGAGCAAGACUCGUCGGACGAAGAGGGCUCGGCAUCUUCUCACUCUUCGAAUGAGAGUGUUCAGCAGACGGCCGAACGGUCUGCAGCUUCCAGCAGGCUAUUUGCUGCCCUCAGCAAUCGAGGCAAGAAUGAGACUUCGCAGAGCGACGACCGGCAGCCUCGGUCCCCUACUCGAUCUGCAUCUGGUCGAAUGAAGGCCCUGUCCCAUCGUCGAGGCCAUCGUACAUUACCGUCUCUGCAACAGAUUCAAUCACGUGUCGCCGAAGCAGCAGGAUCGUCUACAAAUGCACAGACUCGCCCGCCACUUCGGACUGGCGUGAGUAGCCCUGGCCCUGUCACCCAUCAUACGCCGGCUCCUGGCCAAGCAAGAGUGACAAGCUGUCCGACUCCAUCUCUCAGCGGCAAAUGGUGGCAAUUCGGUCAAGUGUCGGUAAUGAUCACACCACCAACACCGGGACAGCAACCUCCUUCGCCGUUGAUGGGCUACAUCUUACAGAACGCUGGCAACCCCGUUCACGCCGUCAAGUUCCGUCGGACCAGGGAUGAUCUGGACAUGCUCGCUCCACCGCCAUUUGAGCUAGCUCCAGGUCGUCAGCAGAUGAUGGAGGAGAGGGAUAGAGAGAGGGCAGCUACUCAGGCACUGAUCAAACAGAGUCAAGAGCAGGUCAUGGCUGCUUUUGCGGCGAUGCGACUGGCUGCAGAGAGGGAGGGGAACAUGAUGGGCAGGAGGGGUAGUGCCAGCAAUGGCAGUGGAAAAGUCAUUGGGAUGGGAUGGCCUGGCUCACCAGGGACACCUCUGCCGCCCAACGCUGCAGCAGGUCUGGGUGGGCCUGGAGUCGGGACAAUGCCGAUGCGAGGAAUGGCGAUGCCUCCGCCCUCCUCGGUACCAAGGAGUGCGCCAGCUACGGUCAACAUGACGCCCAGCCGGCUCGUCGACUUUGCUCCGCAUGGCUUGCCUAGGCGACCCACACCUCAGUCGGCUGGCCCUACGAUGCCCUCUCGACGGAACCUGAAGAGUCCACCUCCACCGCCGCCGACGGCACCCUUGCCCGUUGCCAGUGAUGCAGGCAAGUACGUGCCACCUGGUCGAAGGAACUCUCGACGGAUCCCUCCUCCAUCGAGCUUGCCUCGUCGUCCUUCCGUCGAGGGGUCAGCUGUAUCGGUUCCGCCAUCGACUGGAGAGCGUUCAAGUGCAGGGCAGAACAUGCUGAGUCGUCUGGGUAGGAGGCGGGUCGAAGCUUGCUAG